GCCAAUCGUGUGUUGAAGUGAAAAGAAGACAAGCACAGUAAUUAAUUAACAGCUAUCCACAUUUCGUAAUUUCACCAUAGUGAAAAAUACGCAUUCGAACUUGUAGCAGUAAAUUUCAGAACAUACCUUAUGCUGGAAAAUGUGAACUUCUGAAUGCAGUAAAUAGUGGUUGACAGGGGUAAAUGAGUAUUGGUUUGAAAGGUUAUUGUCGAAAAAAAUUACAUCACUAUGACAGAAAUUAAUUGGCCAUGGCAAUAUAGUUUUCCUCCAUUUUUCACGUAUGUGUGGAUAUGAAUUUUGCCUUCAACCACAUGCAGAAACAAAGGCAAAACAAUUGGCUGCAUGGAAGAGUUUAACUUUGGAGUAUUACCGUAUUACGAAUCAAGCUAUUGUGGAUAUUAGGGAGGUGCAUUCGAGUCCACUUUUCAACAAUGUAUCAAUCAACAGAAAAUUGUCAUCUGACAUGGUUCUUGUGAUUAUGGAAGAAUUGGAAAAUUCAGGAUAUGCUUGUGCUUUAGAUAAAUCUCGACAGAGGUGGCUCGUCUAUUGGCAUACGCUACAGGAAUGGGGUGAAAUAAUAUAUAAUUGGGUUCGAGACAAUGGCUUUAUAGGAUCAGUUUGCACUACAUUUGAAUUAACAGAUGGAGAAAAUACAACUGAUCAAGAAUUCCAUGGGCUUGAUCCAGAAGUUCUUGUUAGAGCACUUAGAACCUUAGAGAGUUCUAACCGAGCAGAGUUGAUAAUGUUUGAUGACAAUCAAGGUGUUAAAUUCUUUUAAAUUUUAUAAUUUGUAUAAUUAAAUGGAAUAUAUAAGAUUAUUUUAUGCAUAUCUAAUUUUAAAAACAUAAUAGAGAUAUUCACUGACCAUUCCAAUGUAUUAAAGUGGCAUUUCUAUUAA